AUGGCCUUUGCCCCCAUUUACCGAGAUACGAGCCUAACCAUGCCUGAAUCCGAAACGCAGAGGCUUUUUGACGGUGAUGAUGAACUGGACUCUGCACCAGAGCCUGGUGACGGGGCGAAAAGCCCAUCGAAGUACCGACCUUUACGAUUUCUCAUCCCGCUUUGGAAAUCUUGUGUCUUCCUACUAGCAAUUUGCGGGUUAUUCGGCUUGUGGCAGCGUGUGCAUGAUUAUCCUGCUCUGGCAGAACAAGAUGCCUCAUGUUCCUGCGGAACGUCUAUGGCCGAGGCGAUGGCAAUGGACUGUCAAUACGAUAUACUCUCUUCAGCCUGGCUACCUCCGAGAUGCCGUGGCGAGGAGGUAUCAGCAGAGUUUGAUAAAGCUAGUCCUGGUCCUGAUGGUGCCUGGAGUUAUUUCGCAGAUGCAAAUGGUACUAAUUUGAUAGACCCGUCUACAUUGGGUUUACUUACCAACACGAGGCCAAGGCUCACAGGCGUUGCGGUUGAAAUAUGGGGUGAUACUGAGCCCCAUAUAGAUCACUGUCUCAUGAUCUUUCGUAGCCUUACCUUGACUGAGUCUAUGGGCUCAAUGGUAGAGCCGAUGCUACCUAACCCCCCAUUUCGAGGAAAAACCGCCAGGCUGGGCCAGGAGUAG